GAGGAAAGGCUUGAAUGUAUAGCUAAGAGAAGCUGACCACUGAACGUAGCUGAGAUAUUCAACUGGUUCCGGUCAUUCGUUAGGAGAUACCGCCACAAAGCAACGUUUCGGUACCUUGCACAGCGAUUGGAGCCAGAAGGAGCAGCGGAUCUUUUUUAAAGCAAAUGUAUAAAGCGAUGUUACAAAGGAAUGGCUCCCAGCUCCUUUUCCUAAUAGCCCUGUGCAGUGUGUUAUAUUCCCGGACUCAGUGUUUGCCAUAUGCAUCGAGACCAACCAGACACGCAGACGGUCUCUUUACUAGUGGAUACAGCAAACUUCUUGGACAACUAUCUGCGCGGCGGUACCUGGAAUCUUUGAUUGGAAAGCGAGUCAGUGACGACAUGAUGGAAGACCAGGUACCAGUGAAGCGCCACUCAGAUGCUAUAUUCACAGACAACUACAGUCGCUUUCGCAAACAGAUGGCUGUGAAGAAAUACCUGAACUCUGUCCUGACAGGAAAAAGAAGUCAAGAAGACCUUCCCAUGCCAGAAGAAUCCAGAAAUGAGCCUCCAUUUCAAGAGAGCUAUGAUGAUGUCAAUGUAGAUCACCUUCUCAAUAACUUGCAGUUGCCUCUUUGAGGAAGAGCCACUGGUGCAAUUACUUCAAUCAAUCAAUCUCAUCAUUUCCCAUUCAGAACAAUAUUUAAGUACUUUAACAGCAGACGUCUCAAAGUCAAGUGUGGUCAUCUCUACAAUAUAAAGUAAAUGUUUACACUGUAUAUGAAAUAUUCAAAAACUGAAAAUAAAUAGCCAAUGUAAACACUAUACUGUGUGUCAUCUUGGAAUCUGAUAGAUUUGCUUUGAAAAGAACUCUGUAAAAUAAUAGUUCAGUAAACACAUUCAUUAAACAAGCUUUAUCUUGGUUUACAGUACAGUCAGUUCAUACAAAAGAUGACCAUAAUUUGAGCUAAAAUGCAUAUAAUCAAUUGAUAUCCAUGUAGAGCAGUGCUAUACGGUGUCCAUAACCAUACCUACAGCCUUUAUUGAUGUCAAAUCAUUCAACAAAUAAAAUAUGCUUAUUUAUUUUUCAGCUAAAUAAUUUUGUAAGUAAAUAAUGAUGAUGGCUCUUUAUUUUAAAGUGGAAAAAACAGUAUUGCAUAAUAAAUGAUAAUAUAGACUACUUCCACCCCCAUGACAAAAUUUGCCACAAAUGUUAUGUUAAACUCAAAACAUUUUUAUUUCCUGAAUGGGACAUUUGAUUUCAAGCUUAUCACUUUCAUGCCAUUUGAUUAGUAAAAAUGUGCUUGUUAUUGGCUAUCAGUUCAAAUCAGUAAAACACUGAGCACAUACAAUUUCUUAGUCUGAUUAAUCAUACAGUGUAAAUAUUUAAUCUUGAUUAAAACAGUCAGCCAUUAAAGGCAUGAGAUGGAGCACAUCAUAGCACAGCAAAUAAUCAUUUACAUGAAUUUAUUUAAUUCAAUAUAAUGUGAUAUUAAUGUUUCAGGCCACAGACUUAAGUGAGAAUUGUAAGAAGACUGUGAGAAAUAUGACAGAGAAAUUGUUUCCACAAGACACAAAUUAUUGGUCGAUUUUGAAAAAGAAUGUACCUUUGAAUAUAUUCAGUAAAUAAAAUGGUAUAGAAUUGU